UUCUCUUCAAACACACCGCUCUCUGCAAACUGCUGUCGAAAGUGAAUACAUAAUGUCACGUUUGAUCCAAGCUCGGCUUUCCCUCUCCAGAUUCUCGAGCGUGACGUCAUCCAGUAAUCUUCGCUUUCUGUCAACUGAGUCUAAUAAAACAGAUGAGCCCUUUAGAGUUGAGGAAGCUGAAACAGUAAAUGUGCCUCCACCUCCGACUGAGAAGCUACUUGUGCUGGGUGGAAACGGAUUUGUUGGCUCACAUGUCCUCAAAGAAACUCUGGACCGUGGUCUUGCUGUUGCUAGUCUUAGCAGAACAGGACGGUCAUCAAUACAAGAAUCCUGGGCUAACAGUGUGUCUUGGCAUCAAGGAAACCUACUUUCAACUGAUUCGUGGAGUGAUGCACUCAAGGGAGUAACUUCUGUUAUCUCUUGUGUGGGUGGCUUUGGCUCUAACUCAUACAUGUAUAAAAUAAAUGGGACAGCCAAUAUAAAUGCAAUCAGAGCUGCUUCAGAAGAAGGUGUUAAAAGAUUUGUUUACAUCUCAGCUGCGGAUUUUGGUAUUGCAAAUUACUUGUUACAAGGUUAUUACGAGGGAAAGAGGGCAGCUGAAACUGAACUGCUGACCAGAUAUCCAUAUGGAGGAGUAAUUCUGAGGCCUGGAUUUAUUUAUGGUACACGUCGUGUUGGGAGCAUGAAGUUGCCUCUAGGUGUAAUUGGUUCUCCUCUACAAAUGAUCCUGCAACAUGCGAAACCGCUGAGUCAAAUUCCCCUUGUUGGACCGCUGUUUAUCCCUCCUGUCAAUGUCACUGGGGUAGCAAACGUUGCUGUCAGAGCGGCAACAGACUCCGUAUUCCCUCCUGGUGUCAUUGACAUUCAUGGAAUCUUACGCUACAGCCAGCAGAGAUCUGUAUAGAUGAAUGAUUGACAGGAUAGCAUGAUACAACCAGAUGAGUUUUUUUUCCCUUUGGUGUUUCAAUUUUUAUUAUCCUAAUGUUAAGAUGUUCUCCACUUAAUAUUUAAUGAGUAGUAAUGGGGUAGGGUGACCGCAUUUUUUGACAGUUUCUGCUUCAGAAAACAUCUGGCACGGACUAUAAUAUUUCACAGCAUUUUUAUGGCUGGAAGGCGUAUGUUAUUAAAGAUAAAACAAAUUGUUUGAAAGUCAAAGAGUUUGGGUACCGAAAGUUUAGAUCAAGUGGUUUAAAGUUUGGUCAUAAAUAUUCUUAUAGGUAGUUCAGUUUUCUUUACAACUGUACACCAUUUGGUCUAAAUUUUCCAGUGAACAUGUGUGAAACUUUUGAAUGACUUUGGUUCAAAUGCUCUUAAGGUUUUUAUUUUAA